CACCUUUUUGAUGCCUCGCACAUGCUAUCACCUGUUCCUUUUGCCUUCUGUUCUCUGCACAUUGGCCGGCAGCCGUUAGCAGCUAGCUAGGCCAGGCCUCGCGUUCCUUGUCGGUUCCAAAGGUGCCAAUGUUAUCUGUAUGAUAACAUUGCCAUUGGCAUUGCGUUUCCGAAGCUUUGUUUGCAUACAACCAAUCAGGGGUGGCCGACAGAAUGAGGGUAAUAGCAGCUCUGAACGGUCAGACGCCAUUGGCACGAAGAUUGAUCACCUGUGCAAUCUUAGACUUCCGCAGAGCAUUUAGCUCUUUGGGGCCAGCGGUGGUGGACUUUGCCAAGGGGGGGCCUGCUGAUCUGACUAUUAAGGUAUGGGAUGCCGUGGUGAUUGGCGGGGGCCACAACGGACUGACUGCCGCUGCGUAUCUCGCCAAAGCUGGCAAAAGCGUUGCCGUGUUGGAGCGACGGCAUGUUCUGGGGGGGGCUGCAGUCACCGAGGAACUCGUUCCCGGCUUCAAGUUCAGCCGCUGCUCCUACUUACAGAGCCUUUUGCGCCCACAAAUCAUCAGGGACCUAGAUCUGCACCGGCACAGCCUGAAGCUUCUACCGCGCAAUCCGUCCAGCUUCAUCCCAAGCCGCGACGGCAAAAGCUACCUUCUUAUGGGGCCAGACGAAGCUCUCAAUAGGCGGGAGGUCGCCAAGUUCUCGGCAAAGGAUGCGGAGGCGCUGCCAAAGUACGAAGCGCAGCUGGAGCGCUUCUGCGCGCUGCUGGACCCCCUCCUCGAUGCUCCCCCACUCAGCUUCGAAGGGCCCGCACCUUCAAGAGGUUUCCGUUCGCUCUACCAAAAGGCCGGCACCCUUACCGCGUUUCUCGGGCGCUCCGCAAAAACAGGAAGCAAGGACCUGACGGCGCUAUACGAGUUGAUGGUCGCGCCGGCGGCCAAAGUUUUGGACCGCUGGUUCGAGUCGGACGUCCUGAAGGCGGCGCUUGCGACGGACGCGGUUAUCGGGGCUAUGGCCAGUCCCUACACUCCAGGCAGCGGCUACGUGCUUUUGCACCACGUGAUGGGCGAAACCAACGGCCAUCGGGGGAUCUGGUCAUUCGUCGAAGGGGGCAUGGGCGCAGUCUCGGCAGCAAUCGCGCGGUCAGCGGUGGAGGCAGGGGCGACCGUCGUCACUAACGCGGAGGUAGCGGAAAUCGUUGUUAGCGACAGUAAGCGCGUUGAAGGCGUUCGCUUGGCAGACGGGACUUUGGUGCGCAGUGCAAACGUGCUUGCGAACACCACUCCGCACGUGACGUUCCGCCGGCUGCUGGCGGAAGAGCACAUUCCGCCGGAGUUCCGGCGGGCCGUCGACCUGAUAGACUACUCUUCGCCGGUUACCAAGAUCAACCUGGCAGUCGACAAGCUCCCGAACUUCACGGCGUUCCCCUCUUCCGGCGACGCCCCAAACGCCGCCCACUUUGGGACCAUCCACUUGGGCGCGGAGAGCAUGGCGGAUAUUCACACCGCCUACCAGGAGUGUGUGAACGGCCACCCUUCCAGCCGGCCCGUAAUUGAGAUGACUAUACCGUCUUCUCUCGACGCCACCAUAGCACCUCUUGGAAAGCACGUAAUCAACUUAUUCAUCCAGUACACCCCGUAUAAGCCCAAGGACUACAACUGGGAUGAGCCGGGUCGUCGAGAGGCCUUCGCCCAGCGAGUGUUUUCCAUUAUCGACGAAUAUGCCCCCGGCUUCUCUGAGUCGAUCAUCGGGCAGGACAUCUUGACACCACCGGACCUGGAGCGCCUGCUGAACCUUACGGGGGGAAACAUCUUCCACGGAUCAAUGGGCCUCGACUCCCUCUACUUGCUCCGGCCAGUCCCUGGUUGGUCCAACUACUCCACCCCGGUCGCCGGCCUCUACCUGUGCGGCAGUGGAGCCCACCCCGGGGGAGGGGUCAUGGGAGCCCCGGGCCGAAACGCUGCACUGACGGUUGUGAGAAACGGCUAA